AUGGAGAGCUGCAGCCGUCGCUCGCUCAUUCGGACCUCGCAUCUUCAGAGCCCCAUUUUCGCUCUGAGCAGGUUGGAUCGAUUCGAGAAGACCAACGAGAUGCUGCUCAACUUCAAUAACCUGUCCAGCGUCCGCAUGCAGCAGAUGAACGAGCGGUUCUUGCACCACACGAAGACGCUCGUUGAAAUGAAAAAGGACCUGGAUAGCAUCUUCCGAAGAAUCAGGACGCUGAAAGGGAAGCUAGCUAAACAGUACCCAGAAGCCUUCAGCAACAUCCACGAAUCUCCGAUUCUAGAUGACGAUGAUGAUUUUGACCCUGUUCCAAAAAGCACGACAACCACCAUUGCUACCUCUGAGCAGAGCACGGAGUCUUGUGACACAAGCCCUGACAUUAUCUCUCCAACCAUGAGUCAGGAUUUUGAGGAUUUAUCACAAGGCCAGUACGAUUCACCGGCUGUGAACGGACAGAGUCUAACAGAUGAAGAAGCUGCCAAUGACCUGGACUAGGUGUACUGAUACUGUACAGCCACAGCCAGCUCAGCUGCCUGGCCUGUGGAGAACUUCCUGUCCUGUAUUUAUAUUUGUGUGUUUCCUUGGCCAUUACUGUUUUGGGAAGAGGGAAGUGAAGGCUGAGAGGUGACGGCUGAGUGAAGAAGAGACCCCCUUCUGCCUCUAAACUGCCACCGUAGUGCAUACCCUGCAACCUGAUACAGGCAAAUAAGUAAAACAUGGAUUUGA